AUGGAUUCGGCCGGCGGCGAUAAAGCGGAGGAGCCGCAGAUGAGCCGUUCCGGCGUGCAGACGCUCGGGGACUUCAUCCCCAUCUACAUCCCCACAGUGCAGGAGGAGCCAAUGGAGGAGCCCCCUCUCGAGAAGAAGAAGAGGUUCCUGGAUUUUCUCCGUGCUCGGCCCUCCGGCGACCGGUUCCUCAACUCCGGCGUCUUCAGGCGGCGUUUCAGGGUCCCCUUCGUGAGGAAGAUCAACUGGAAUUCCCUGCUGAAAUCCGGGAAAGAGUGGGUGAGGGAGCCCAUUAACAUGGCCUUCUUCCUCUGGCUGGCCGCCGUAUUCGCCUGCCUCUUCCUCUUCCUCCUCCUCAUUAGUGGGAUGUUCAAUGGUGUCAUCAGCGAGAGCUCCCGCAGGAAGAAGUGGACAGAGGUAGUGAACCAGGUCCUCAACGCUCUCUUCACCAUCUUCUGCCUGUACGAGCAUCCGAAGCUCGCCCACCACCUGGUGCUUCUCCUGCGAUGGACCUCUGAGGACAUGGACAUGCUCCGGGCACUGUACUCCAACAAGAGGAUCACUCCCCCACGGAACGAGCGGGCUCACAUGGCCAUCGUCAUCGUCCUCCUCCACAUCGCCUGUUUCUCUCAGUACGUCCUCUGCGGGCUCUACUGGGGCUUCAACAGGUCCAACAGGCCGGAUAUUGGUAUCAACGUCGCCCUCGCCGUCGGGAUCGGCGCGCCGAUCGUUGCUGCCGUGCACGCCCUCUACGGCCCACUGGGCAGGAAAGCAAAGUCCGGCGGCGCCGAGGAGGAGUUGCAGCUUCAGGAGGCGCCGCCGCCGCCGCCGGUAACCGGGAAGACGGCGAGGCUGCACAAGCGGGUUGUGGUCACCAGGCCGGAGUGGAUCGGUGGGCUCUUCGACUGCUGGGACGACAUGGUGGUCGCCUACCUCUCCUUCUUCUGCACCAUCUGCGUCUUCGGGUGGAACAUGGAGAGGCUAGGGUUUGGGAACAUGUACGUCCACAUCGCCACCUUCGCGCUGGUCAUCGUCGCCCCCUUCCUGGUCUUCAACGCCGCUGCUCUGAACAUCGACAACGACGUGAUCCGGGAGAUGAUGGCCAUCUCCGGCAUCGUUCUCUGCUUCCUCGGGCUGGUCUACGGCGGCUUCUGGAGGACGCAGAUGAGGAGGAGGUUCAAGCUCCCGCCGAGCACCUUCUGCUGCGGCUUCCCCAACAUUACCGACUGCUUCCAGUGGCUCUUCUGCUGGUCCUGCUCCCUCGCGCAGGAGGUAAGAACGGCGAACUUCUACGACAUCGCCGACGACGGGUUCUUCUCCAAGAACCCGCCACCGGGAUCGGCGGUGGAGGGCGGUGACGGUGGCGGCGGGAACAGAAUCCAUUCUAUUCCCAUCUCAGAGUUGCCGGAGCUGUUGAAGGAACCAGUGGUGGAGCUCCCCCAGAGGAGCUUCUCUUUUCCGGCGAGGAUCAGCGACGUGUUCAUUCCCAUGUGGAGCCAUCCAGGGAGAGUCGCAGACUGCAAUCAGGCUGGAGAUGGAUCCCUUUCCCCACCUCGGCCUCCGACGAUGAUCCAUGCAGAGGGCCAAAGACGCUGCUUGCAAAGAUCUGAGUCCCUCUCGUGUCCACCCAGGGAAUGA